AGACUCAGCUUCUGUGAUCAGCUUGAAGUUAGAGCUUCGAACUUCGAAGAUCGGUUGUGGUUGACUGUCUCCUUCCGGCCACGUUAAGGCAGAUCGUUUGAUACAUCAAAGUUUGCCGAGUUUAUCGAGGACUGCGGGCAGGAUAUUUGCCGCGUAUUAUUCGAGUUUAAAUGCGAAUUUCAUAGGCCGAUAAAUCACCGUGCAAAACAUGGACUACUGGAUGACGUGGUUCCUGCUCGCUGCGCUUCUAGGUUCCGUAUUCGACGCGGGUAGCGUAGAACUAACCUUCGAGCUGCCGGAUAAUGCCAAAGAGUGCUUUUAUCAGGACAUUGAGAAGAACGUUUCGUCGACCCUCGAGUUCCAGGUCGUGACCGGUGGCCAAUACGAUGUCGACGUCACACUGGAGGCGCCGAAUAAGGAGAUAAUAUAUCGUCAGGUGAAGACUCAGUUCGACUCGCAUACGUUUACACCGACGAUAUCCGGGGUCUACAAAGCCUGCUUCAGCAACGAGUUCUCGACGUUUUCGCACAAGCUUGUGUACAUGGACUUUCAGGUCGGAGAUGAACUCCCUCUGCCUGGUCUUGGCGAGCAUGUCACCGUUAUGACUCAGAUGGAGUCGUCCGCGCAGGAGGUGCACAAAAAUCUGAAUAGUAUUCUGGAUUACCAGACACACCACAGACUGCGAGAAGCGCAGGGUCGAAAGAGGGCCGAAGAUCUUAACGAGCGAGUGCUGUGGUGGUCGGUUAUGGAGACCUUAGCAAUUCUGAUUACAACGAUAGGACAGGUCUUUGUCCUGAGAGACUUUUUCACCGAACGAAAUCCUUACCCCAAGUCAUAGGUAGCUCAACUAUUGAUCCAUUCGCAAUUAAAACAGCUGACGAUAUAUUUGUAAUUGACGAUAUAUUUUAGACGCUUAAUUAAUAGGCAAGAGUAAAAAUCCGCCAAGAAGUAUAUCUUGCCCCCAGAAUUAAGCCCUAAAAUUACGUCGAUUAGGAGUUGAAUUUCUCUUGGUGCAAUGUCUUGAUGUACAAGAUACACUUGUUUGUAUCAAGUGUGUAUCGGAUGAAUAUUUCCAUGUUGCAUGUAACGAACGGUGGCGCGUUUAGUUAUCACCUUGCAAAUGCAACGUUGCAGUGUAUAUUUAUUUGGGGAUUUAUUUAUAGGAAUUUAGGUAAGAUACGUUUUAAUAUAGGUAUAUACUGUCAACCUUCUGACACGGGAGUAUGAGUCAACAGAAAAGCUUCAAUGCGAAGUACCUAUAUCAAAAAUCGAACGUAACAAUUGCCGGCAUACAAAGUAACGUUUUUGAUAUUGUAUGUGUGUAAUAUAAUGAUCGAUUAAAUUUUUCUCGUGGACUAUUAUCUCAUCGUUGAUUUUCUCAUACAUUAAUAUGAAUAAUAAAGCGGCUAAAGUAUUCUUAACACAGUUAUUUUACAAUCCAGAUACUAUUGAAAUAACAUCUGUAAUUCAGUAUCAUACAAAACAUGCCUCUCAUUU